CACACACACACACACACACACCUCCUCUGUCAAAGGGUGGAGUGGGUCUUUUGAAAACCACACAACCACAAUCCCUGAAGGAAGAGGUUGAGGAAAGGAUUUAAAGUCAAUGCAUUUUGUAUCAAGUUAAUUAUUAGGCUAAAUAUUAUAGGCUAUAGAAAAUUGGCGCUUUAAUGUAAAGUGUUACUUCUCAUACUCCUAUCUGGUAAGUUAACAAUCAUUUGUAGCACAUGUUGUGAAUAAACGAUGGUGUUAGUUGUGUUAAGGAGGUGGGCAUGUAGAAACCCGGGUGUGUUGUGGGUGUCUCCGCAGUCAUGCAGGUUUCGCGGAUCCGCGCGGCGCGUAAAAGUGAGUGGCUCAAAUGCGCGCUAACGCACCACUUCAGCCCAGAUCCAUGCGUGGAAAACGAGAUCGUGGUUUUGGCCACCGGUGUGGACCAGUAUCUCCAGGAGGUGUUUCAUCACCUCGCCUUACACCAGGGUGAUGAUCUCGUCUCGGAUGAGGACUUUAAGAGUCUGUGUUUGAUUUUGGGGAUCCCCGCGAGCGCAGAGAGCACCGGCACAUCAGAGCACCAGGAUAUUUGCGAUGGACUUCCUCUUGUGCUGAACUUUAAAGAUUUCCACGAACGGCUUUGUGGGUUUUUUUCGCUAAAAGCACAGGAAGGACAGAUGGGAGUUCGACUUCCGGUCAGCGAGGAGACCGAGCACAUCGAGCGCGAGAUCAGACUCCGGUGUCCCCGCGUCCGGAGGAGAAAGUGCGUCAGCUUUGAUCUGUCUGCAGACCAACAGAACCGGAGGAGGUCAGUGAGGAGAACCGGACCCUCCCAGAAUUCGCAUCAUCUGCAGAGCUCUGCUACGGACCCCAAGAGAAGCGCAGUGGAUGUUAACCCUCAGAGGAGAUGUCAGGACCAGCUGGAGCUGGAGAAUGCCAGUCUGAGGGAGCUGGUGGAGGACUUACGUUCAGCCCUCCAGAGCAGCGACGCGCGGUGUUUGGCACUGGAGGUGGCCUUACGCCGAAAAGACGUGCCGUCCCAACAUACUGCUGGAGGAACCCCUGAAAAACAGGACGGCAAAACAAAAACACAACAAUCCAAACCCAUGGAAUGGGACUCCAGAAGAAGCACUAAAGACCUCCUGCGAGAGCUGGAACUGAUCCGUGCUUCUCGUGAUGGACAGCUGGAGGAAGCCAUGAGGUUUAACCAGAGGUUAGAGGAAGAGCUGAUGGCGGCUUAUGGAGAGAUUAGCAGGAUGCAGGAGAGGCUGGAGAGCGUCCGGACUGAGAACACACAGAUUAAGAAGAGGACAGAAGAGGUGAGACAGUCGCUGGCCGCGGGGCUGCAGGGUGUGAGGGCCUUACAAGACCAGGCUCGACAAGCUGACCUGCUCCGAAAACAAGUCCAGAGUCUGGAGAGCCAGCUGGAGAGCUUCAGGACCCAGUGCACCUGCCCUGAGCUGAAUAUGAACAAAACUGAAAUACUUUCUAAACCAUGUGAGUCUGGAUAUCCUUCCCCCAUCAGUCAUGAUGAUGCUAGAAGAGAGGAAGACCUGCAGAGGUCAGUAGAGGGUCGGGCAGCAUCCGAUGAGGAAGAGGAGGAGAGGAGCAUAGAUGAAGGACAGUGCUGCCACCUGGAGGUGAAACGUCUGAUCAACAGGUUACACAGCUGUGCCAAAGGGUGUCAGAAAACUGCUAACUGUAACUGGCUUAUCUCUCAGAGCUCGGCUCACAGCAAAGACACUAAAGCACACAUCUGGAUUCCUCAAUCGAAUGAAAGGGGAAAUCAAGAGGGAAAGAUGAAGCAGAAAGAGAUGGAGAGUUUGAGGGUUUAUCAUUCACAGUUGGAUGAGAGACUGACUGAUGCGCUUACGUUACUGCUGCAGAUACCACAUAAAAGAGUCUCUCGCAGGAUCUUGGGGAAAAUACUGAUCAACACACUAGAUCUGUGUACUAGAAAAAGCCACGAAUGCACUCCAGUGGUUCUUGUGGUGGACACACUGUGCCGGCAGCUCCUCUCCAGUGACCUCCUGGAUGGAGGAGAGGAGGUCAGCACUGGGUCACGACCUUCUGGGACCUCAGGUCACCGAAACACAUCCAACCCCCUUCUGAUGUCCUGCUGAGAUUUACAGAUGUCCCACUUAAGACACUUUACAUGAGGGUACAGAUUGGCGUGCUGUUAUUUUCUACUUUUUAAGACAUUAAUUAUUACCAGAGUUAUUGUACACAUAUUUUUCAUUAAUUUAUAAGAAAUAAAUGAGUACCAAUAGAACAAAUAACCAGCUCCUUCUUAAUGUAAAAUAAAUCUGCUGCCCUAAUACCCAUAGUGAGUUACUUAUUUUUUUCUUUAAAAAAGCAACUUUAUUUAACAUUUAUUGCUAGAAAAUAUUAAACACACCACAAAUCAGGGGGCUUAAAUUUACUUUUAUCUUAUCUGACUUAACACAAGGAGAAUUGCUUCUGUUUCUUUCCAAACAUCGGUUUUGGGUAGUUACAGGUGCUUUUUCAACUCUAGCGAACCAUCAACCAGUAUCUAAAGUUUUUUACCUUAAUCUUGGAUCAGUUUUACAAAUUUGUAGAUAUAUUUAAUCAGGCUUUUGUGUAAUUAAAAGGAUGAGCAGUAGUUAACAGUCUCUUACUGGCACACAUAAAACAAUCCAAACAAGCCCUUAAUUGAUAAAAGAACACAUAUUGUACACAAACUUCAUAUUUAAAGGGUUACCCCACCCCAAAAUGAACAUUUUGUCAUUAAUCACUUACCCCCAUGUCGUUUCAAACCCAUAAAAAUCAUUUUGGGGUGGAGUAUCCCUUUAAUAGUAUUAAAUUAUUCGUUAAUUACAAUAAAUAGAUGAUACUUUCAAUGAAACAUUUUUUUGGAAAGCUUUUAAACGCGUUUGGCUUGAGUUUUGUUGCAUUUACACGUUCUGACCAGCAGGCGUCACCAGCGUGUGUUAUUUCAGAAGCUUCGAAACAGUGAAUCGUUUUGCAAAACAAUUAGUUCAGUUGAUUUAAAGCUUUGUGUUUCUGCCUUCGCAACAAGUUAGUAUGUAGUACAGUAACUAAUUUUGGUGAGUGGCUACUAAAUUCUGUGAAAUGGGAGGAAUGCUUUACAGCAGCAACAAAUGCAUAUGUACAGCCGAAGACUUUUAAUAUACUAUUAAUUGACAAUAUAAUAGUAUAUGACUUUCCUUGAAAGUACCGUGGUACAGCUGUCCAGCGUUUUCACAACAGUCAAUUCCUCUCACCUAACUGUUGGGGCUUCAAGUUCCAAAAAUACAUAGGCUAUAGUUGCUUUAAACGGUAUUCGCAUGUUCCAAAAUGGUGGCAAGUGUUGUUGAAAUGUCAAAAUUAAUAUAAAAUAAAUGUUAAAAAUGAAACUGUUCAUAUUCUAUAAUUAGGUUUACCUCUUCAAGUGAAUAAACAUCACUUUCUCACCUUCUUUUAAAAAACAAAGAACUGAAUUUAAAAGUGUCAAGCCCUAUGUUGUACCCUAUUUGUGAAAAGUGUCUUAAUCGGUUCUUCUGUAUAGAACAUGAGGCCUUGUUUUCUCAUAUCUGAAUCCUAUUUUUGACUUGUCCAAUCACAUAUUAGUUUCCUGAAAUCUUUCCACUUGUUAUGUGCAAGACAUGAAUAAGUGCACAGUAUAAGACACUUUAGAGUUCAGUCUCAGUGUGUGGAUAUACAGUUCAGUCUUUUCCCUGCAAAGCACUUAGUCUGAAACAUUAUUCUCUCAUAUGACCCUCUUACAUAAUGAUUUUUAUCAUUUACAAUUGUGCUAUAAAAUGAAAUCUGUAUAUUUUAUAAGAUACAAAAUAAACUUUUUAAAGAAAGCAUUUCUAUUUUUGUGCAUGUUCAUGUGGAGGUGGAUGUGUGACUUAUAUCUGAAAUCUGAAUACCGUAUCAUAUGAGAUCAUCUAUGUCUAUGAUGUCAGUCAAUGUGACACAGUGUCACAUUUCCAUUCCGUGCUGCUACAGUGUGUCGCUCACUGAGACGAGGACAGGAUGAGACAAUGUGACUCCUCACAAAGGAGUUCAGGGCCAUCUGAUCAUUAACUCAAGAUUUUUUACUUAGAAAAUAAAAA